ACCAAACACAAACGAAACACUCUUGAUCCCGAUCCUGUAGCUCGAGGGAAAAUCAAAGAACUCGCAGAGGCACAGUACAAGUUGAGCUCCAAUGGAGUUCAGGCCUCGAAACUACGCGGCCGAAUAUGAAUCUAACGCGCUACCUCGCCUACGCGCCGACGAUCAUCCUCUCUUCUAUCCAGCUCCACUGUCAGACCACCACCAGGUUGAGGAUGUUGUGGACUGUGAAAAUAGUGAUUUCUUUGAUCCACUAAGAACACCGGAUGUUAAAGCCGUGGUUCCUGUCGAAGAUACCAAAGAUGGUGGAAUUAGUUCAAUGCAUUCAAGUGAACCUUCAAGUCAAGUUGCAGUUAGAGAGUGGACAUCUUUCAAGAGAAUCUUAAUGCAGAAAUUUCCCGUCUCCAAAAUGGUUUCAGUUUCUUCAAUGUCUGAUGUAAUAAUUACAUGUGGCACGGGGCAUGUGAAAUCUUUGACAAGUAUGCAUCUAGAGGAACUGGAUGAUCCACAAAAAUUUGCUGAUGAGGGUGUAAAGGUCAUAACUGGGAAAGAGUAUGUCUCACGAUUACAUGAACUGAAGGAUGAAAUUAACCGUUCUUGGCGUGCUGAAGAUCGUGUAACAUCAAUGAAAUUAUCUAUAAAGGUGGCUAGGCUUCUGAUGGAUACAUCUGUUUUACAAUUUUAUCCCACAUUAUUUAUUCUUGCCACAGAGGUAAUGGACAUGCUUGGGGAUAUGGUGUGGGAACGCAUCAAGCAGAAAGCUGAAUUUGCUGAGGAUGGAACAAGAAUUUGCUCUUUACCAGAGAAUUUUAAAGAGAGCAUGAUUUGCUUUGAUGCCAAAGAAACUUGUAAUAACUGGUUUCGCAAAGCUGGUACCAUCCGAGAGCUUCUUCCACGCAUUUAUUUGGAAUUGGCAAUAUUGCCUUGCUGGCGUUUUUUGCGUGACCAACAUGUGGAUACUCUCCAUCGCCUAGUAUUGAUGACAAGAGGUUUAGGAGAUCCGCUGGCAUCUGCAUAUUGUCGUCUGUAUAUGGCCCAGCGUGCACAAAAGUUACCCUCAUAUGAUACAGGACACCUAAUUACAUCUGUUAGUGACAUCAAAAUUCUAUUGAUAUGGAAUUUAUCAACAAAGGAGACAACAUAUGGGAAAUCUACAGAUAACAAAAGGGUGCUUGUCAGUCUAAUGGAACCAACUAUUGAGUACAUUAUAAAGUGCAUCUUUAAGGAUGCAUCUCAGAGGCAAGCAAGCAAUGCCCUUGUGGAGCUUGGACUGGGAAGGAAUCAAUUUGAGUUGUUUGGGAGUAACCCAUAUGUCUCCCUUAUUCUACAUCAUCUGCUCAAGGAACUUCCCACUGAAAUAGUGAGCUCUAAUGCUGUGGAGAUUCUUCGUCUGAUUGAGUGCAGCAAUGAUGAUUCUUUUGAUCAGUGUUUAAAUUACAGAUUACUUGGAUUUAGAUUGAGUGAGAGCAGACCUGCAAUAGGCAUUGUCCAUGCAGUUGUUAAUACAAUUAUUCAGGUUAUAACUGUAUAUGAUAAACUUGAUGACUAUCUUAAGGUUGUGGAUGCUUAUGUGGAUAUCAUUCUUCAGAAUCGGAUGGGUAAUCAUCUGAAUACCAUUUUAGAAGGUAUUUCAGAGAGAGCAUGCUAUAAAGAGAUUGUUGAAGAUGAAGUAGUAGGCUUGCAGUCCAUCUUGAUGAAGUUUCUUUCUCAUUUCAGGAACUUAGAAGAUGUAUUGGCUUUGGGACAUUUUCUUGAGAUCUUGGAUGUGAUGUAUGGGAGCUCACGGAAUUUUGUUUACAUGCAAAUCCUUAAUAUGGCAACAAGAAAUGGUAGUAUACAUGAUCCAACCACUGUACAGAUACUUUUUGAAAUUUGCCAAUCUCUUCAUGACGGUAUGGAUUUUGCAAACAUGAAAGAUGAUGAUCAUCAACAACCAGCUCGAAUGAUUUCUCGUUUUGUCCAAAUGGUUGACUAUGGACUAGAGAUGGAAGGGCAUUUAACAUUUUUAGUUGAAUGUCGUGGUGCUUUUGGCGGCAUAAAUGAACUCAAGGAAACCCUUGUUCACUCAAGCAAUUGUUUGGCGACAAAAGCUUUGAAAGAUGGAAGAAAACAUCUUAGUUUUGUGAAAUCUUGCAUUGCGUUUAGUGAGGUUACAAUACCAUCUACUUCAAUUCACAUUAGGCAAUUAAAUCUCUACCUUGAGACAGCCGAGGUUGCCAUGUUAGCUGGUUUGGUUUCUCAUGCUGAUGGAUUGAUAGAUUCAACAAUAAGCUGUUUACAGAGUGUGGAUUUGAUAAAUGGCUUCCAAGCGCGGGUUGAUGUUGAUGAAAUUGUAAUCUCAAUUCAAAAACUAUGCAGCCUCUUGGUUAUGGUCCCAGGUAAUCCUGAACUUGGAGUCAUGUGCACUCUAAAGCGCAUUCUUUCUUUUGUUAAUUCCCAAUCAUGGAUGACAUCAAGAGCAAAGAUGCGGAUAUUUUCUGCAAUAGUUUCAUUGUCAGCCGCACUUUCUCAAAAUAAGCUCCCUUACCAUACAAAUCUUGAGAUUCCGGGCAAUGACUUACUGUUUUACGGUGAUUCCUCCUACAUAGAAGAACUUGCCUCCUUCUCUGAUGGUGUACUUAAGAAUCUGGUUGAAGCCAUUGAGCAAGAACCUUCGAGGACUGCUCGGGGAAACAUGGCACUUGAAGCUUGCAGUUGCAUUGUAUCAUCUUUCAAGAUUAAUGACGAGAUACGACUGAUCUGCUUGAAACUGAUUGAGACUGCCAAGCUACAUUUAAACGCAAGCAACAAAUAUCUGCUAUCAACCAUCAAGUUUUUGGAUGAGUGCUGGUCAACUUCUGGAUUGACAGGUUAACAAAACCAUUUGAUACUGAAUCCGAUGCAUAGCUCGACAUGCUUCCCUCUAUUAUUUGAUUGUUAUUUUGUUUGUAUUUUUAGAGACAUGAAACAAAUAUUAUAGCAAAACUAGUUGAGUUCAUAUAGAAAUUAGUUGUAUCGAUUGGUUGCUGGCUGUAUAGAUUACUUUCAAGCCAAUCUAUUGUGCUUAUUUUGUCCCUUGUAAAGUUUACUGGUGAUUUUCCGAACUUUCGAUGGAUCAACAAAAUCCUGAAAAAAUUUUACUUA